AUGCCAAAUUUGGUAAAAAUUCUUUCUGAGCAAUCAAGAAUUUUAUUUUUAAUUUCAAAUAAAUUAAGACAAGCAUUUAAAAAUUUCUAUAGCACUUAUAAUGAAGAUGUUGUCAAAUUAGCAACCUAA